AUGGUGUUUAUUACCGAUCUGAAUGACAACUAUCCUGAGGUUACCAUUACAACUUUUAAAAGCACAGUCAAGGAAGAUGUUGCCAUAGGAACAUUAAUAGCAGUGAUCAGUAUAAGCGAUAGGGACUCUGGGAACAACGGUGAAGUUGAACUCACUUUGAACCAAAAAGCAUCCCUACCCUUCGUUCUCAAUAAGUCUUCAGAGAAUUACUUCGCUCUGCUUGUUUCAGAACCACUGGACCGUGAGACAAUUCCAAGAUAUGACAUCAUUUUCAUAGUCACAGACAAAGGAACACCUCGCUUAUCUGACAAUGAGACAAUCACCUUGGAGAUACUGGAUGUCAAUGAUAACGCACCAAUAUUCCCCGAGUCAUUCUACACAAUCCAUAUUGUGGAGAACAACAUCCCUGGCGCACUGUUGACGUCACUCAGUGCUUUUGACCCUGACCUCCAUGAGAACCAGUAUCUGGUCUAUUUUAUCAUGGAGAAGGAGAUCAUCAACACGUCUAUGUCCAUGCUGUUCUCCAUUAAUCCAGAGAAUGGCAACCUUUAUGCUCUAAAGACCUUUGACUUUGAAAGGGAGAGGGAGUUUCUUUUCCACAUAGAGGCCAGAGACUCUGGGGUUCCUCCACUCAGCAGUAAUGUGACAGUUCACAUCAUCAUUUUGGACCAGAAUGACAACACCCCACUCAUAGUGUCGCCUUGGCGAGCGCAGGGCUCGGUAAUUGAAGAGGUGAUCCCGAGGUCCACUGAUAAAGGAUUGCUGGUUGCUAAAGUGAUUGCUAUUGACACAGACUCAUUACAGAACUCACGGGUCACAUAUCAGCUUCUACAGACCAGUGACUCUACCCUGUUCAGUCUAGAUCAGUACAAUGGGGAGAUCAGGACCACCAGAAUGUUCAGCUAUAGGGACCCGCGUCAUCAGAGGCUGGUUGUUGUCGCCAAAGACAAUGGAGACCCCGCUCUUUCGGCUACAGUUACCAUCAAGAUAUCAACAGUAGAACACAUGGUGACACCAUUCUCAGAAACUACUGAGGUGCCUUUAGAAUAUGACUUGUUCACAGACUUAAAUCUCUAUUUGGUCAUCGGUUUGGGUUCAGUGUCCUUCCUUCUAUUGAUCACCAUAUUGGUGAUCAUCGUGCUAAAGUGUCAGAAACCGAAGCCCAUGAAGAUGCCUCCUGCUAUGAAUAUGAAUCUGAACAGUCUGAACAGGAACAGUGUGAUCAGCAGAAACAGUAUCAUCAGCCAGAGGAGCUCCACCAUAGCCGAUUCCACCCUGAUCUCCAGUGACGCCUACUGGUACAGCCUGUUUCUAGCAGAGACCAGGAAAGGCAAGGUGGUUGUCAGACAGCCUAUAGUACCCAAGGGAGCAGGCUACUUUGUGUCCAGUAUACCCAGAAGCACAGGUCCUACAGAGACCAGCGACUCAAGAGCAUCCACGCUACAGGUAUGCGCACCUCUGAGAUGGAGGCCCGGAGCAGUUUUCCUCUUAUAUUUCCUUAUAUGA